AACUAAUAUAGUCCUUUUUCCUCUCUCAUUCUGUUUGCUCUUUCACUUCCUCUCUCUCUCUACUACUACAAAUUAAAAGUACAAAUUACUUUAAAUACCAUCUAGGGAGUUAUAUAUUAACUUAUUAAAUAGAUAGUAAAUUGAUCAGUACCCACCUACUCAUUAUGGACAAAUUCUUGAUGGCGAUGGUUGAUCGGGCUGUGUCUCUUCUCGUAUUUCUUUUCAUAUGUCAAAGUGUAAAUGGCCAGAACGACCACUGCCAAGCUACAAGCUGUAUUAAUAAUUGUUUUUAUCCUCCUAGCUGUGUGGUGACUCCUCUUAGCAAGUACAGCUAUAAUUAUGUGUGUCAAGCAUCUUCACAGUGUCAGAGUUCUUCAGUACCUUCUGGCAGCAGCUAUGGAUAUUUUUGUUUUGUAUCUCUAAAUAUAAUGAAAGGCAACAUUGUCACCUUUAUUUCAACUAGACUGACGUAUCCUAGUAACUCUUGUUUGACAGGAUUCCAGAGCUGCUCACCAAAUAUUGUAAUGGAAGUCUCUUCAUUUGAUGUGACAAAUUCUGUCCGGUGCAGUUGCUUUGAAGAAAAUUGUCAAAGUAUGAUCAAUGUCACUCUCUUCAUUGAUCCUCCAGAUGAAGCAGAAAAUGCACCAAGUAGUUUUCAUGUCACAGAUCAAAUAACCAGUUCCAUUGAACCAUCCCUCAGUAUGAUUCCUAGUACAGUACCUGCUCCUUCAAAUACUCUGAGAUCUCAUUCAUUUGAUGAGUCUACAGGGACCAUUAGAUCAGUUACUGGAUUUACAACCAGUCUGACAUCAAUUGAACAUUCUUCCAGUCGCAUUAUAUCAUCAAUUCCACAAUCUACUAAUAGUUUGACAUCAGUUUCUACAAGGAGCAGUACAGAAUCAGUUCUUGUUCCAUCUUCAACAGUUACUAGUACAGCAGCAGUUACAAUUGGCCUGGCUUCUGGUAUCAGUAUAUUGGCACUAAUGAUUGCUCUCAUUGCGGUUGUAAUGAUGUUAAUUCUUGCUUACUCCUGGCGCAAGCAUUCACCCAAAUUUCACCGUUGCUCUCAUCAGAUACAAUUUUCUUCCGAGACUUCUACCAUCAUUGAGCUAGAUGAAGAACCAGGUCUACCUCCAUUUCAACUCAUUCAGUCUAUCGGUAAUGGCAGGUUCGGCUCUGUCUGGAAAGCUUUGUAUGAGAAAGAGACCGUGGCUGUCAGAGUCUUCUCCCAACGACACAGAACCUCUUGGCAAAACGAGAGGGACAUACAUCUUCUCAAUUCUACUCCUCACGAAAACAUACUCAAGUUUAUAUCCAGUGAAAGCCGUGGUCGUGGUCCUAGUUCAGAGUACUUCAUCAUAACAGAAUACCUUCCAUUAGGAUCACUCCACCAAUUCUUGCGUCAUAAUACCCUCUCUUGGGAACAAGCAUGGAACAUCAUGUACUCCAUCACCAGUGGCAUCACUCACCUACACUCCAGCAGCUAUUACUCCAAUGGCUUGUUGGCAGAUAAAUUCUCAAUAGCCCACAGAGACAUUAAGCCCAGUAAUAUACUGGUUAAGAGUCCCUCUGGUCAGUGUGUUGUUGCUGAUUUCGGUCAAGCUUUUGUCCUAGACCCAGCUGCUGAUGAUAGAAAACUAGCAGUCUCUGGACAGGUUGGUACUUAUCGCUACAUGUCACCAGAAGCGUUAGAUGCUCGUGUUAAUUUGAGAGACUCUGAGUCCUUCAAACAAAUUGAUGUGUAUGCAAUGUCACUGGUACUGUGGGAAGUGUGUAUGAGGUACCAGUCCAAUGAUGUCCCUGUUCCUCCAUACCAGUCUCCUUUCUUUGAUAUGGUUGGUGAGAAGCCAACGCUUGACCAAAUGAAGGAGAUUGUGGUCAUUAAUAAGCAAAGACCGCUCCUUCCUGAAAAAUGGAAUAAUGACAAGAAUUUAAAACGGAUCAUAAAGCUCAUAGUAGAAGGCUGGGAUGAAGACCCAGAGGCUAGACUGACGGCUGCUAACAUCAAGAUACAGCUGGAGAGCCUCGUCGGAAUGAGACCUAAGCCUCCACCUUCUUCUACAUCUCAGCCAGAUGGACGAAACAAUUUCUUGUCUCCAAUCUUAGAGUCAAGCGAAUCCUCUUGUAAAAAGUAUCGAUUGAGCUCCUCGUUCUCUGAGUCCUCAGGAAAUGCUGUUAUAUUCUCAAAUCCUUCAUCAAAACUUUCCGGAAGGUUUUCAGUAGAUCAUACAAACAACGCAUCGUCUCACAGGACAAUACUCAAUGAUUUACGUCGCUACAGAGACGGGAUCGGACUCUCGAAUAAUAUUAGUACCACUACUACUGAUAGUACACAACCUAAUGGAGCCUAUACUGGAGGAGGUAGUAGGGAUGAAGUAUCAAGUUCAGAGUCACAAGACGAAGUCAAUGUUGUUGAUGUUACUACAGGACAGCCAAAGAGUCACUGAUAGCUGUACUUAUUGGAACGUUACAAUUCACUCAUAUUUAUUUUUAUCCCAAAUACCAUGCAAUGAUAUUGUGACAUGCAUAAUCUAUUUAGUGUGUCCAUGAUUGGGCCACACUUUAAAUGAGAUAUGAUAUGACAUUUGUAUGUAUGUAUACCCUCCUCCUACUAUUUUACCCUUUUUAAUUUUAUUAGCCACAA